GUAUUUUCACGAUAAUCUAUCUUGAGCUCUAGUACCAAAGGCACAAAGUGGAAACAGCUGUUUAUAUCCGAAGUUGAGGUUAUAACUUUGUGUGGUGUUUUGAAACACAAGUGCUGUGAGUUGGAAAACAUUUCAGAAACAAAGGAAGUAAUUUAAUCCAUGUACUGUUCUAAUAUUUAUUAAUUUAUCCAGCGUAAUGGCGGCUCGGAGAUCACCGAUUUUGUGUUUAUUAUUUGUUUGUGUGAUAGUCACGUACCUUGGUAAAGUAAAGUGCAAUGAACCGCAUUGCUCAAAGUUUGAUUUUGAGGAGAAGGUUUUGGAAAAACUCGUUCGAAUGGAGUAUAAAGCGGAAGUGCAAGAACAGACAAUAAGAAAAGAAUUAGGAGAUAUGAAAAAUGAACUUGAGAGUUUCCGAAACGAUUGGCAGAAACUUAAACAAGAAAAUGAUGACUUGAAAACCAGCUUGAAAAGUGUCGUUCAGUCCAGUUUAGAUGACUUUGUGAUCCCGACUGUUAUGUUUAAGGCUCGAGGAAUGAUGGACCUGUCAUUGGACAAAGGACAAACAAUGGUUUUCAAGGACGUCAUGUUUAACAAUGGUAGCGGGUAUGAUAAUACCACAGGAGUAUUCACCUGUCCAGUAGAGGGCGUGUAUUUAUUCACUAUUCAUUUGUGUACUUCAUCAAGCAAAUACAUUACAUAUGACGUCAUGGUCGAUGGGACAAUACACACCAAGGGAGCACAUAGGGAUGCCACAGAUUCAGUUUGUACCUCUGCCGAUGAUAUCGUUGAAUUACGUAAGGCGAGCAGAGUUUGGGUUCAAUCAAACCACGAUCCAGAUGAAUUAUAUGAAGAUGACUAUCGAUGGAGCUCUUUUUCGGGUGUUUUGUUACAUAAUUAAUGAGGGAAACCGUGUCACAGAGACAAACAACAAAUUUUAAAUCUAUAAUGCACUAUGAACAUAACAAGGAAUAUAACUGAUAUUUUUCCUAGGUAUUGACAGGAGCAGCCUCAUAUGAAAUGACAAAACUUUAAUUUAAGACUACCUUGCGUCUUGAUACGUGUUAUGUAGUUACUCUUUUACUUGUCUGAUUUCAAUAUGUUGUUAAGUGUGUGUAUGCUUUCAUAAUCAUUAUGUAAUGUUUUGAUUUCUUUGCAUUAUGAUAUAAUUUUCAUGAUGUGAUAAAAUAUAAGUAUUUGUUCCGUUGUUUUCGUAUUUGUGAACUCAUGCAUUGCUUAAUAUAUAAGUAUCAUGUUGUUCAUAUGACAUAAUUAUGAUGCAACUCAUACUCGUGUAUUGCUUAUUGUUUACAAAUUGCUUUAAUCUAUUUUGUAUAUCUCUAUGAUGAGAAACCGUAAUGGUUUGAGUCGAAUAACCUCUGUUAUGUCCUUUUAUACUUUCAUUUGCACAUUACUUGAUAUUGAUUAUCAGUAUGCUGUUUAUGAAUUAGGCAAUAAAUAGUUUGUGCUGUUU